AUGUUCAAAAUAAUUUGUUCUUUUUGUUUUCUAUUAUUCGUAAUUUCGGAAUCUCUAGCGAAACCAAUGAUUUAUAAACGAAAUCAGGAUAAUAUAUUUGAACGCAUUAUGGUUCCUGUAUCAUCUACAGUCAUUCCUUUACCAGCAUAUAAGGACAAAUAUAAGUAUGACUUUACAUUAAAUGAUAAACAGCAUCAUGCUGUACAUAACUUUGAAGGACGUAUCAAGUUAAUCACA